UGUUUUUCGCAUUUUCCAAUUUAUUUAACGAUUGUGGGCUGAAUAGCAUUCUCGCAUGCUAUUUUUGGCUAUUUUGAUUUGUUGCUGUUCACAAGAUACGAAUCUUCCUCCAAUGCUACAGCGCUGCAUUGGAGUCAUCAUAAGGCAUGUUUAUGCUCGCCUGUCUGGUGGCUGUGGCCGCUGCUGCGCCACAGCAGGUCUUUGACGAGUUCGGCAACGUUGUGGUGGAGCAGUUCAGUCUGCCCAAGAUCCGGCUGAUUUCACAGCGGUUUGUACAGGACGGUCGAGGCAACUACGAGUACGGAUACGAACAAGACAACGGACAGAAGGUGGAGGAGGUGGGUCGCAGCUUCCCGGGACCCGAGCCGGGGACGGGUAGCAUCAGCAAGGACGGCAGCUUUGAAUUUAUUUCGCCCGAGGGUCUGAAGUUCCGUGUCGACUACCAGGCCGAUGAGGGCGGCUUCAAGCCAGUGGGCGACCACCUGCCCGUGCCGCCGACGCAGCUCCCGGAGUACGCCCAGCUGCGGGCCCAGAACCCAGAGCUCUUCAUCCCAUCCCCGUAGAGGCCCUGGCAGCGUUUCCGGGAGGGAUGUUCGGGGCAGCAUGAAGGCUCGCGAGACGCCUUGCAUCGGGACCAGUCACCAACACCUGUGUCGUCAGCGUUUUGUGCUCCGACUCGCAUGCCACCCAAGCUCUGCUUAAUGGCUGCGAAAGCCUGUCUGUGAAUGUCUCCUGUCCCGUGACGAGUCGUUGUGCGCCGAAGGCAAGCAUCGCAUUAUGUGUGAUAGAAGUGGGUUUGAGUUCCCGAAAUUUAGUUCGCAGUGCAACUGUAAUAAACUGGCCGUGUUUCCUUUA